AUGAUGGUGGUUGUGAAGAUCCCGGCGUUUGGGUGGAUGAGCGACAUGGCGGCGGCGGUUUUUUCACCACCGUGGCUAGCGGCGGCGGCGGCGGCGGCGGCAGCGGCCCAGACCCGUGGGUCGGUUUCAGCGCAGUGGAUCGGCAGCGACGAACGGAAGCCGUUGGGCGCUGUGGCGGGUGGCGGCGGCACUGGUUGGGGACGAUUAAGGCAGCGCCGGCUCAUCCAACACGGAAGUGAGGCGUCCAUUUCUAGACACCCGUACGUGGCGGUGGUAGCACGGCCCGAUGGCUCCUACCUGUGCGCGGGAUCGCUCGUCCAUCCAAGGAUCAUCAUCACCGCCGGACACUGCGUCACCCCUGCGGUCGGUGGCCGAGCUGGUGGACCCGCAUUGAGGUCUCGGAGCGUGGCACAUCCCAAGUAUAACCCUAGCAACUUCGACUACGACGUGGCGCUGCUUUUCCUGGACCAGGACGCCCCGCAGACCGCGCAAACCAUCCGGCUUCCUCCUUCCAAUAGCUCGUUGCCGCGAUCUGCUCAUCUGACGGCCCUUGGUUGGGGCGCUACAGAGGAGAGCUCGCUAAGUGAGGGGCUACGCCGGGGGGACGUAGCGCCGCUGGACAAGUCCACCUGCCAGGAGCUCUUUAAGCCGUACGAUACGACAAUUACGACACGCAUGCUGUGUACGACGGGUCGCACAUGCGCGGGUGACUCUGGCGGGCCUCUCAUCGUCAGCAAUUUCCCCCUUAGCAGCGACGACCCAAGGAGCAACAUCAAAGCCAUGGACGGCGCUGACGAUGAUGAGGAAGAUGGCGAUGAUGCGGGGGCCGGCGGGGGCGGCGGCGGCGGCGGUGGCGGCAUCUGGGGCAACGUCCGCGGGCGUGCCGUUGCUGCCGCCGCGGCUGAUACUGGUAGCCCCAAGACUGACAUGUUGGUGGGCCACGUAUCCUUCGGCUUCCCUCGCCGCCGGGGCCAGGGCUGUCCUGAACCCAACCCUGCCACAGUUUUCACUGAUCUACGCAACGCUGAGAUCAACGCCUGGCUGAGGCGGAACUUUGCGGAGGUGCACCAGCAGAUGGCGCCAUCUAAAAGUGCGGACUCAUCAAGCGGACUAUCAAUCUUGAAAGAAACGAUGGCUUAUGAGGGUUAUGAUUACGAAGACGGCGACGUCGAUGAUGAUUUUGAUCAAAUCGAAUACAGGCCACCUUCAAAAGCUGACCCAGGCGCUCAGGCGCUGAGCGCGGGAAAUCCAUACGUGAUGGACAACCGUAACGAAGCGACUGGUCAGAAGCGUGGGCGUGAGCUGGGAGGCGAGCACCAUGUGGAUGUGAACACCCCCGCCGCAAAUGGGACGCACAAGGCGGACACUUUUGACCCAAUUUACGAUCACCCGGCCUCUAAGCGAGCAACUGGGGGAACACCGGGCUUCAGGCAUACGAUUCCCGCAUCCUAUGACUACCAGGGCAACGGUGCGACAAGUCUCAGCGCUGCUGACGGAGGCGAUAGCAGCAGCCCCAACCCUCAGAGCAACGCGCCGUCGUGUCAGUGCGGGCAGCCCUGCAUCCGCCGCGUAUCCACCACAGGGAAGAAUCCUGGUCGUGCCUUUUUUAAGUGCGCGAAACCCCAAGGCGACCAGUGCAACUUUUUUAAAUGGGAAGACGAGCUCGGCUCUGGCGGCGGGGCAACACAGGCCAGCAGAGGCGCCUAUGGUGGUGGUGAUGCUUACGGCGGUGGGGGGCCCUACGGUGCCGUGGGAAGCGCUGGGGCUGGCCAGAACCCAUAUGUGGUAAACCCUUACGCCGGCAGCCAAGCAGCAAGCACGUCCGGGCCAACAGCCAACCCUUACACAGGCCAAGGCGUUGGGUCUGUCGCGUACAGCGGCGGAGCAGGCGGCCCAGCAGGCGCCGGAGAAGACGUUGCUGGCGGCAACGAUUACGUCAAGUGCAUGUGCGGUGUCGAUUGCCCGGUUAAAACCUCCAACAGCGCCAAUAACCCCGGUCGACAGUUCUACGCUUGCCCCAAGAUGCGCGAUGUGGGUCGGGCUUCCCAAGCGGCUUUACGAGCGGAGAUGAUGUGGGAUAUGAUAAGGGCUCAGCACAAUCCUGCUGCCAGCGCGCAGUGCUGUAUGAGAACGAUCCCACACGCUGCAGAUUCUUCCAAUGGGCGGACGAAGUUGGCAACUGUAGCGGUGCCGGUGGGGGUGCCGGAGGGGUUGGGGCGGCCGGCGGUAAUUGCUACGUUUGCAACCAACCAGGGCAUUUUGCCAGUUCGUGCCCCCAGAGGUCGGCCGGUGUCGGAGCGGGCGGUGGCGGUGCUUUUGGCGGCCGGGGCGGUGGCGGUGGCGGCGCCAGCGGCGGAGCUCCCUGCUACUUGUGCAAUCAGACCGGUCAUUGGGCGCGCGACUGUCCGAGCAAGCAAGGUGGCGGGGGUGGUGGGUACGGCGGCGGGGGCUACGGCGGCCGUGGUGGAGCCGGCGGAGGUCCACCACAGUCCUUUGCCAGUCGCUUCAAUCGGGAAGGAGGUGGCGGCGGCGGGGGCUAUGGGGCCGGUGGCUACGGUCAUGGUGGCGCUGGCGGAGGUGGAGGUGGCGGCAAGGGCAACUGCUACAAAUGCGGUCAGCCUGGUCACUGGGCCAACAGCUGCCCGAACGCUAGGUAAGGCGAUACCCGAGGGCUGCAUGAAGGACUUCGGAUCUGGCAUGUGGAUUACGUACGGCUUUGAUCCAACCAACGGCUUUGGGUUCCGACAAUCUAAUUGCUUUGAUGCCCUCCUGCAUUGCAUCGGCCAUGAAGACGCUCGAGGACUCGCCUGUCGGCAUCUUUCAGAAAGUUGUUUCGGCAUGCGAUGUUUCUACUGCAAUGUGUUUCCGUGCAAUGGAUGGCUUUUUUCGACAUUACAGCGCAUUUGCAGUAGCUUGGGUUGUCGCGGCGGCGGCUGGUUAUUGUUGCGGCUUAGGAAUGUUCCCUGCGGCAGCCAUGCCCCUGGAUGGGUAUGCCCCUGUGCGUUUGCGCCUGCUUGCUCAAAAUCGUCGUAACACGCGAUGCACUCUGCGCGACGCGAACUAUCGACGUAAAUUCGAGAUGUACAAGACGAAGGUAUAAAUGCAGGCAGUAAUUGAUAUGCCACGUGGGGUUAUGUUUAAUGUGAGUGCUGCG